AUGGCCAACUUGGACCGAAGCAAUAUCGGUAACGCGAAUACAGCUGGGUUGCAAGAGGACUUGGGCCUAGUUGGGAAUCAGUUUGGAACCGCUACAACUUUGCUGUACGCUACCUAUGUCCCCUUUGAGGGACCGAUUGCGGUGCUCCUUAAGAUCAUCGGGCCUAAGCCAUUGUUAUCAACGUGCGCCUUCUGCUGGGGGGUUACAACUCUUGGAAUGGCCUUCAUUCAAAACUGGCAAGGGCUUUAUGCCUGUCGGCUACUGAUCGGCCUUUCCGAAGCUGGAUUAAUCCCCUGCAUCAACGUAUACAUUGCGCUAGUAUACAAGAAGAGCGAACGAGGAAAACGCUCUGCUUUAAUCUUUGCAUUUAGUGCCUUUUCGAGUGCGUUUGGUGGGCUUCUCGCUUUCGGGCUCACGCAGGUCCACGGACCUAACGGGUGGGAAGGCUGGCGCUGGCUGUUUGCCAUUGAAGGUGCCAUGACUUUGAUUCUCGUGCCACUUUUCUUUUUCGUGUUCCCGAAACAUCCCACCACUGCCUGGUUUCUAAGCGCUGAAGAAAAGAGCAUGAUUCAAGCCCGAUACGACAAUGAUCCUCAUUGGGGACAGGAUGAAGAAUUCAGUUGGGCUGAGUCUCUAAGUGCUCUAACCGAUCCUAAAUGGUUUGCAUUUUGGAUCUACCAGUUCAGCGUGGACGUCUCCCUUUAUGGAUUCACGACUUUCCUACCCAAAAUCAUUUCUGGGUUGGGACACUCCGGCGUACGAGCAAAUCUGAUGACAGUCCCAAUUUACAUGGUUGGCCUGGUGUGGUUCCUGCUGAUUGCAUAUUGUUCGGACAGGGCCAAUGUCAGAGGUCCCUUCCUCGCCGGGCCUCUGCUAUGUCUGAUCAUCGGUUACUCGAUUCUCAUUUCGGUGGAGAACCUGAACGUCCGAUUCUUCGCGUGUUUUGUUGUCGCGCUCGGCAUUUAUCCCACAACCGGUUUGUCGCUCAUGUGGCUUCAAGACAACACGGCUCGCCACUUCAAACGGGCCACGAUGGUCGGUAUGACACUCUGCUUCGGAAACACUGCGGGUGUCGCUGUCGGGCAGAUAUUCACCACGCAAUCUGCUCCGCGAUACAUCAAAAAGCUAGAGGGAGAAGUCAAAGCUUUGAGAGCCCAAAAGCAGCGGUCGAGAGCUUCAUCUGCGCUAGAUGAGACAAGCUGUCUUACUCAAGAUCCAGUUCAGCCCUCCACUCAGACCCCAGAUAUUGAUGUCUCUAAUCCUCUUCUUGAAUCGCCCACUGGGUUCGUUGCCGCCAGAUCAUCCUCACAGCCCAUCUUUAUCGGUGAGGCUUCCUGCGUUGCCUUUGGGGACACCUUGCUCCAAUGCGUCGAUAAAGAUGCCGAUCUCUCACCGUGGGCAUCUCCGACAUAUUUCCAACACGAUAUUUUUCAUCGGCUAAUGCGCCCAGAGGUGGUGUUGCCUGACCGAAUACAAGCUCGCUUAUUGGUGGAGGUUGCCAUUCGAUUCAUAGGUACCGACUACCAUUUGAUUCUGAAGAAAACCUUUUUCGACACGCUGGACCGAACGUGUGCCGGAGAGAUCCCCAGGAACCCUGCAUGGAUGUGCAAAUUUUUUGUACUGCUAGCGCUGGGUGAAAUGUACUCGAACCGAAAACGAAGGACGGCCGAUCAACGCGUACCGGGAACAGACUACUUCCUGCGUGCCGUUGGUCUAUUGCAAGAUCUAUAUGAAACCCCUUCAGUGGAACAGGUAGAAGUCAUGGUUCUUUUUUGCUUUUAUUCAAACGCUCUAGGACGCGUCAAAACAGCGUACACCUAUAGUGGUAUUGCUCUGAGAAUGGCCCUUGGACUGGGCCUUCAUCAAAGUCUGCCCACAGAUACCAAGCUAUGCCCGGUGGAUCGUGAACACCGAAAGCGCGUCUGGUGGACACUUUACACGCUCGACCGACUAUGCAGCUCCAACCUCGGAUACCCUUUGCUUAUAAGUGAUGCUGUGAUUGAUGUGGAGCUUCCAACAAAUGAAGGCCUUAUUCCAGCCGAGUUGGAGGAAUUUACAGAUCCCAGCCACCUAGUCGCGAACGUUAAGCUGGCGAGAAUCACAGGGCAAAUCCGUAAAGAUGCCUUUCCACUUCAGGCCGUCGUCCGCAUCACUAAUGAGCUUCAUUCUAGUUAA